UGUGAUUUUAUAAACGUCCUAUGUUUUAUUUCGCUGUUGUAAGCGGCUUUACCCGUCUGAUUGUCAGCUAGGGCUGGAGACGGAGUUUAGUUAGCGCUCCUAAUUGAAGCUAGGAUAUGUGUUUGUUUAUCACGUGUUCGCUGUGUGUAAAUAAAUAUACAAGCGCCUAUACACGUUUUGCUGAACUGUUGUCUGAAAACGUAUUUAUCUGCAUUAGAAGACGGUGUUUAAGGUCCCAAAACAGUGAAUAACGACCCGGCGUUGUUUCACAACAGGAGCUUGUGUAGUUUACUGCAGCGGCGACAGCAAUGGCAUCUUACUGUGGAGAUAUCUUGAUAAAACACCUGGAAGGUUUAAGAAAUACAGAGUUUAAGAGAUUCCGUUCAAAGCUGAAGAGCUACGAGGGGGGAAAUUUGCAGAUUCCACACGGCCGCCUGGAGAGAGCCGGCGUGGACGAGACGGUGGAGCUGUUGAUUCAGUGUUUUGUGAACCAGGCUGUGCCGGUGGCUGUCGAGGUGCUGAAGAGAUGCAAUGUCAAUAACGUGGCUCAGGAACUGCACUCCGAAUGGGAGAAAGAAUGCAAAAAAAGAAAAUGUGAACCGAUCACAUCUGAAGAGGAUGAAGUGAAGUCCAUCAAAUUGGAACCACAUCUUUACGCGCGUCCCACGAAGCCGGCACCCAGAGUCUCCAGCGAAACCGGCCCCUCUGAGGCGUGUGGUCUGGAUUCACCGAUCCCAGAAGACAGCGAGCAGGAUGAGACUGCGCUCUUCAUGAUGAGUCUACAGGCGAGGCUUAAACGACUGCCUCCCGUGAAGCGCUCCAUUGCUAUGAUUGACAUUCAGACGAUCCUCCACCAGCACGAGUUCAACUCAUCCUAGGGGACUCCUUGUGGCUGCCUGACCAAGUACUGGAAUGAAUACUCAGUGUUUUACUACUACACAACUAUCGCUGUAAAACCAGAUUUAAUAUGUCGUGUGUUUGGGAUUCCUUUAUUGUUAAGUUGUGAUGUUUGCUCAGGCUGUGCCAAAUGAUGUGUUACAGAAGAAACCCACUCUACUGUUAAAAUACUGUUAAACGUUUUAACUGUAAACGUUUGCCAUGUUUAUGUAAGGGAUGAUAUCACAGGAUAAGAUGUACAGGGUUUUUUUCAAUUCAUUAAAAAGGUAAACUGUAAAUAUGACCAAUUUCAUUUAUAGUCUUCCCCUGAUGUUUAGAAUAUUCAGAAAGAGCAGAACUUCAGGAUUUUUAACACAGAUAGUGAGAUCUUCAGUUCUAAACACCCUGUACUCUACCAGUGGUGUGCAAACUUUUUAUAGCAGACCCCUUCUCUUAGCAUACAUUUUGUUGCACUCCCCCACCCCCAUAUAUUAAUGUUACGACUUAACUUGAUAUUUUAACAGGUGUUGUGUGUAGUGUUUUUUAUUUUUCAGAUUUAAUGCAACAUGUAUUUAACUAGAUUUAACCACAAAGUCCAGAUUUAGCUAAAUACUUAAAAGUUACACAUUCUUAAGUUUUGAGAAUCAGUACUUCAGAUAUAAUUUAUAAAUGUUAAAAACAUGUAUCACAAAUUUAAAAUAAUUUUUUUU